AUGAAGGAGACCACUGAAGGUUACCUGACAAAAGACGUUAAACACACUGUUAACACCGUCCCUGCCUACUUCAACAACGCCCAGCGGCAAGCAACCAAGGAUGCCGGUGCAAUUGCCAAGCUGGAUGUUCUCCGUGUUAUCAACGAACCCACCGCUGCUGCUUUGGCAUAUGGUCUAGAUCAAGAAGAAUCACGGGGAUUCCGUGCCACCCGCGGGGUUCCUGCUGCCUACAAAUACCCAACCCCAGCGUUUGCAGCCUACACCAUCUCGGGAUCAGAAUGCGCUGGCGGACCUGGCGUCGGUUCUUUGGGAUCAUCGACUUUGCCCGUGAUGUAUCGACUGGCUGCCCUCGUCGAUCUUCGGCUUCCUCGGCUACCAGAUACGCAAACUCAAGAUGUUCAGAUUCACCCCCUCCCCCGUCUCAUCUGCGGGCAUCUUCUGGUGGACGGGCUACCAGGGCUUCUCGACCCGCGGCUGCGUUCUGGACCCGGAAGUCGAACGAUGAUCGGAUGCCAGGUUCCCCCCCUAGCUCUAUACCAUGGUGGCAAGGACUACCUGGUCUUGACCGAUCCCCUUCUCAAACGAUUAGAGACGCGCGAGAAGUCGGUCGAACUGAUUUGCAACUUCAAGCUCGAAGAAGGCGAGCAUUGCGACACGUUCUGGCACGCCGAUGCCGUUGAGCUAGGAUAUCGAGAAGACUCGGGCUCAGUCCAUGUCGUCGUACGCCCCAACGCCUGGACUGAGAAGCUAGCCCCCAUCUUACCCGUUUCGGCCCCUCCGGCUGCUACUACCCAUCUCCCAGUCCCAACGACUCCACUAGCAUCCAACCUCAGAUCCGCCUCCCCGUCCUUUGCCAAUCUUUCGACCCUCGCCAACGCUCAGAAAGAGAAUGAGCCUCCCAAUUUCAUAUCCUCUCGCUCAAGCUUGUCAUCAGUCCCCAACGGAUUCGGACCGGCCCUCAACUCACCCGGGGUGUUAUUCAACACUUACUUCUCCGGUCUGACUGCCUACGGUCGAUAUAACUUUAUCCAGAACAUCCUGCAGGCCCAAUUCAAGAUUAUCGAACGCCUGGAAUUUCUUCGUCGUCAACUGCAUAGUCAACAUCUUCAACUACUUGGAAUUAAUCAUCCAUUCGAAAAUUCAAAUGUUAUCUUCGAUCCCAAUCAUUCGAAUGGAAAUGAAAACGAGUGGAAAACGAUCGAAGGGAAACUGAUCAACCUCUUGAGCGAAUUAAAGUUCCCUCCCCCUUAUUCAGCCUAUGCUGAUUCGGCCAAUUCUGAACAAAUGCCGGCAGAAUUCGAUGCAGUAGUACCCGAUGAGUGUAGCGAGUUCAAGCAAGUUGAGAUAGCGGGCCUACCUUAUCUACUCUACAUCCCAGAAGGUUUGGGCCAGCAAUCCACACAGGAGGGACCACCCGAGACAAACUCGCCUCUGAAGGAGUACAAAUUGCUCCAGAGAGACCUUAACCGCACCUUGCGUCUAGAUGCCCAGGUCCAGUUCUUGAUCUUACAAGCCCAGAAGACUGAAGCCACCUUGAACCAAAUGGACGACAUCAUCACUGCCGGUUUUCGACCUCACGACACUCUAGGUAAUGACCGUGAAGCCCAGCAAGCGCAACGGAUCUUCGACGGCCUCUUCCCGCCCUAUCCAUUCCCCCGUCCUCCGCUCGCCAAUGGUGGCGGGCCUGCACUGGGUCUCGGCCUCGGAUUGGGGCCUGCUGCUGACGGACUACAUCCGCCAAACAACUUUAUGCACCCCAAUGGGCCCUUGUGGCCACACCCGAUGGCCCGAGUCCGCCGAUACGAAUUUACGAUCAACCUAGAUAGUAUUCGACGCUACAUGGCACCGCUCCUCUGGCUCUCCUUGAAACUCUCCGUGCUUCUCUACAUCUUUGGACGUCAUGCUAGUUACGGCAAGCUUGUCAGUCUGAUUAUGAUGUCACUAGGCUGGGUCAUCUGGGAAGCCUACACUAUCCACCAGAGGCACGACGCACAAGCCAGACGACAAAACCGCUUACAAAGAGGUCAGCAGGCCCCUGGCGGACUGGCGGGUGCAGCUGCCCCAGCCGCCGACCCAGUUCAAGCGGUCUUGGACCGAGGCAGACGCCGUGCGCAACGUGACCGACUCCAGCAGCGCCUAAGAGAACAACGUCAACGAGUCGACGGUAUUCUGGGCAUCGAAAACCAAGAGGAAGCAGCCGUGGCGCCGAACAACCCCCAGCCUGCCCCUGUAGCUGUGCCCGCCCAACCAGCCCAACCCGCUGGCCCUCCUGCAGCGGCGCAAGCCCCUGUCGCCAACCCUCCACCUGUUCCUACUCCUGCCCCUCGUAGAAAUGCCGGACGUGGCGGAUUACGAGCUGCGGCUGCUGAUAUCCGGGCCCGAGGGGGUGCGUUCCCUCCUGGCACAGAAGUUCGACCGUUCCGAAGCACGUCUGCAUUCUCGCCGAAGUAUUGGUUGAACUCAAUUGCAGUCGUUGGGUUAGCUCCAGAAUACCGGGAAUUGGGCCUUCAUUCGAUCGGUGAGCGAGCGAUGGGUGCUUCGAAUCUGGAGUACCCUCGAUGGUACCGAUACCUGCGUGACUUGAAGACCGGUCUGGUCCUCUUCGUUGGCACCCUCUCGCCGGAGAUUGAGAAGAAGAGACGGAAGGCGCUCGAGAAGCGGGCUAGGAUAUUGAAUUUGGUCAUCGCUGAUGCAGCCCGAGACACUGAUAACCAGAACCAAAAUCCGCAACAAGCACAACAGCCAAGGGUUGCGCCGCCGGCAGCGGAAACCAACAAUGGCAACGCUGCCAUCCCUCCCGCAAUGCCGGCGACGAGUGUGGCUCAGACUACGGCCCUCGAGACUCCGCAUAGCCGGCCGGUGACGGGUGGAGAAGGGGAAGAUCAACAGACUCCCCGGGCGCUUGCGGUCACGGCCCUCGAACGGGUGGGCUCGGAGAGCUCCGAUCAGACCUUAUCUCAGCGCCGGCCACACUUGAAUGUCUCCUAG